AAAACAUCAAUCAAAAUUCCACCUCAACUCUCUUUAUUUUAAUUCCUUCGUGAAUUGUUGAAGAAUGAAUAUUCUCAUUAUCUUCAUUAUCGUAUGUACAAAUCUAAUCAUCAACUGUUUUCUUGCCACUGGUGUUUCAACGAUCAAAAUUGGGGAUCAACUCAACCUCACUUCUCAACUUCUUUCCCCUAUUAGCAGAUUCACAUUAGGAUUCUUCACCAUUAACGCUACAAACCACACUUAUUUAGGAAUUUGGUACACCAAUGAUUUGGACUUCACGAAAGUAUGGGUAGCCAACCCAUCCACACCGAUCAGGUCUAGCUUUGGGGUUCUCAUGAUCCAUCCCGACACUAGGAGAUUGAUCAUUUCCACGGGAGGAACAACCCUUUUGAAUAUCUCCGAUAGUCAAUACACUUCUAGUCCAAAUUUGACAGCAACUCUUGAAGAAACUGGUAAUUUCCAGCUGAAGAACCAAGAAACUGAUGACCAGACUCUGUGGCAGAGUUUCGAUUAUCCAACUAACGUUCUUUUACCAGGUAUGAAACUUGGAGUGGACCUUAGAACGGAGAGAAGCUGGAACUUAACUUCUUGGAUGAGCGAUGAAAUCCCUGAUUCGGGUGCAUUCACCUUGAGUUGGGAACCCACUGGAAAAACAUCUCAGAGAUUUAUGAUUCGAAGAAGAGGACAACCCUACUGGACCAGUGGGAAUCUAAAUAAUCAAAUCUUUCCAUACAUGUUUCAGUUGAAUAUUCCAUAUAGCCGAACCAUUUACAAUCUCAGUUUUGUAUACAGUCACGAAGAGAGAUACUUCAGUUUCCAUGACAUCAGUGGUUAUCUACCAAUGUGGGUUUUAAAUCCAGGUGGCCAAGUUCAUGAUAAUGAUAAUAUUGGAGUGUGGACUCCUGAAUUCUGUUAUGGGUAUGAUUCAGAUGGGUGUGUGGCAGAUUCUAAUAUGCUUCAGUAUAGGAGCGAAAAUGAUAAAUUUAGCAGCAUAAAAGGGGAUUUUGCUCGUGACAUGACGAGAGUGUCAUAUGAUGAUAAUUCAAGCCUCAGUAUUAGUGACUGUAUGGUGAGGUGCUGGAAUGAUUGCAGCUGUCUGGGGUUUAUCACAAGUACCAACGGGACCACUUGUAACACAUGGUAUGGAACCAAAUCAAUCAAUAACUUUUCAAUCGAUCCAGAAAGGAAUGCUGCGCCAAAAUAUGUUUUAGUUUCUUCAAAUCUGGGUAAAGAAAAUGCUAAAAAAUGGAUUUGGGCGCCCGUUGUUGCUUCCAUUAUUUUACUUCUGUUUUGCCUUGCUCUAUUGUGGUAUCUUAAGAAGAGUAAGCUUGGACGAGAAGAGGAGAAUAGAAAAAAGAGAGACGAUGAAUAUUUUCUGGAGCCGAUGGCUUCAGACAACUUCAAGGAUGCAACAAAUCUCGAAAGUAAUGGCAGAAAAGGAACUGACUUGGUGGUGUUCAGCUUUGCAGCUAUAGCAACAGCCACAAAUGAGUUUGCAAGUGAAAAUAAGCUGGGAGAGGGUGGGUUUGGGCCUGUUUAUAAGGGGAAACUUAGUGAUGAACAAGAAAUUGCAAUUAAAAGACUUUCAAUAACGUCGGGGCAAGGACUUGUGGAAUUCAAGAAUGAACUCGUACUUAUUGCCAAACUUCAACAUAGAAAUCUUGUCCGGGUUCUAGGUUGUUGUAUUAGUGGAGAAGAAAAAAUGUUGAUUUAUGAGUAUAUGCCCAAUAAGAGUUUGGGUUUCUUUAUCUUUGAUGAAACAAGAAAGACACUGCUUGACUGGCCUAAACGAUGGAACAUAAUUGAAGGGAUUUCUCAGGGCUUGCUUUAUUUACAUAAGUACUCUAGAACGCGAGUCAUUCACAGGGAUAUGAAAGCAAGUAAUGAUUGUUGGAACAUAGCAUGGGAGCUAUGGUUGAAAGGGGAUGCAUUGGUGUUAGAGGACCAAACGCUAACAAAUACUCAUGUCAUACACCAAUUAUUGAGGACUAUCCAUGUGGCACUUCUCUGCAUACAAGAAAACGCAUUAGAUAGACCAGAGAUGUCAGAUGUGAUCUCUAUGCUUAACAAUGACACCAUGUCAUUACCUGUCCCAAAGCAACCAACAUUUUUCAUUGGCAGAAGUGUCUUGAAGUCAACUUCAGUUGAAAGAAAGUUAGAGGACUAUUCUGUAAACAAUAUGACCAUUACAGUGAUGGAGGCUCAAUAG